CUCUCAGCUUCUCUUCUCGAAGAGUCAAACAAGCCCUAACCUGAGUAACCACUCCUCAAUCCUCUCUGCCUCUCGUGAAUUCCUGAUUUUUUCCUCUCUGACUCAGUGAUUCUCACUCUCUACGUCUUCUACGACUCCGAGAAUAGACUCCUCACCGUUCACCGCUCGGCGCUCACGAAUCAAUGAUUCAAUAAUCAAAGCCUUUCAAAGGAAUCAAAGAGUUUUGAUUUUUACACGGUUUCAAUCGUAUGAUCGCAAAUGGAGAAGAAGACCAAGUUCAGUAUAAUUGUUCCAACCUACAAUGAACGCCUCAACAUCGCCCUCAUCAUUUACCUCAUUUUCAAACAUCUCCUGGAUGUUGAUUUUGAAAUUAUAGUUGUGGAUGAUGGAAGUCCUGAUGGGACUCAAGAUAUUGUCAAACAAUUGCAGCGGGUAUUUGGAGAAGAUCGCAUUCUUUUGAGGCCUCGACCUGCAAAACUUGGUUUAGGUACUGCAUAUAUUCACGGUUUGAAGUAUGCUUCUGGAGAUUUUGUUGUCAUUAUGGAUGCAGAUCUAUCCCACCAUCCAAAAUACCUGCCAAGAUUUAUAAAGAAACAAAUGGAGACAGGUGCAGAUAUUGUCACUGGGACUCGCUAUGUUAAGGGUGGUGGUGUCCAUGGAUGGAAUCUCAUGCGCAAAUUGACAAGUAGAGGAGCAAACGUCCUUGCACAGACACUUCUUUGGCCGGGUGUAUCAGACUUAACUGGAUCAUUUCGGCUUUACCGGAAAUCAGUGCUUGAAGACAUUAUAAGUUCAUGUGUCAGUAAAGGCUAUGUUUUUCAAAUGGAGAUGAUAGUCCGUGCUUCCAGGAAAUGUUAUCACAUUGAAGAGGUUCCUAUUACUUUUGUUGAUCGAGUAUUUGGCAGUUCCAAGCUGGGAGGAUCAGAAAUAGUUGAGUAUCUUAAGGGCCUCGUCUAUCUUUUGUUUACAACUUGAUUCCACACAAGUCGAUAGAAUUUGCAGCCUGACCACAUCUGAUAUAACUUUGAGAGUUGACAGUUUCAACUAGUAUGAAAUGUCUCAUAGGAAAAUUGUUGUUGGGAUUUUCAACUGAUUAAUUUUGCAUUAGUCACAUUUUGCCAUGAUAUUAAACAAUGAGAAAAUUGUUGGUGGGAUUUUCAGCUUGCUAACUUCUAAUGCUGCCUUCUCUCUUCAGCGGGAACUCAUUUUUUUGAGAGAUCUUAUUAUGUUAGACAUGAAAUGGUAUGUUUGAAAAUCAAAGGGCAACUCUUUAUGAACAUGUGCAAGA